AGCUGCGAGGCGCGGGAAACGCAGCUGCCCGAGGGCUGCAACAUAUGAUCAACUGUGACUGCAACUUUCAAGCAUUGUCUCUGCAGGAUUUACUGGAUCUACGUCCUCCGUUGUACCAGAGGCGCGCAAGUGUACACAAGAAGGAUGAAUGUGGAGAUCAAGGCACGCCUCUCGGACCGGGACGCCCUGCUGCGCCGUCUGGAGCCCAUGGCCGAGAAGCACACGGUGCUGCGCCAAAAGGACACCUUCUUUCGGGUGGCCCAUGGGAGGCUCAAGCUGCGCCGGAGCACAGUGUGCGGGGAUGGCACUCUGGGAGAGGAGUCGUGCAGCCUGUUUUUUUAUGACCGGCCAGAUGCCCGGGGGCCCAAGCUGAGCCGCUACCAGAGGCUGCCACUGGACGGGGAGCCGGCUGCCCUCACCCUCCAGGACAUGUUGGACCGAAGCCUGGGCACCCUGGGCACGGUGUGUAAGGAGCGCCACCUAUUCCUGGUGGGGUGCACCAGAGUGCACGUGGAUGCCGUGCAGGGACUGGGCGACUUCCUGGAGCUCGAGGUGGUGCUCCGGGAGGGCCAGGACCCCGAGGAGGGCCGGGCCACGGCGGAGGCACUCAUGGCUGUCCUGGGCGUGCAGCCGGACAGCCUGGAGUCUGGCUCUUACCUUGACCUGCUGGCCCUGCAUUGAAGUCUAGAGCGUGCCAGUCCCUCGGUGGCCGAGACCCAAGGUCUCCGCUACGCGAGGGGGAAAGUGAGCGCCAUGCCCGACCGAACGCGGGUCAGCACAUGCUGGAACCUCUUUUAGCGCUGGCGCACGCCCGUCGGGCCGGUGGUUGUAGGUUCGUUGAGCCGCGAUCCUGGCGGUGUCUGACCUAACCUAAUUCUAACCAACGCAAUGCAGCGUCCAUAUUGUAGUCGUUGACGUCAUUGACCAUACUCGAGACCGCGUAAAAAAGUUUGAAAAACUUUAUUGAGUUAGGCUGCAUCGCAGUCUGUAUUUCUCGUCGUUUAGGUGCUCGUCACAAAGGUUGGCUAGGUGAAUUGAUGCGAAACGUGUGACAAUUGAAGGCUGUGUCAGGGAAAGGUCUCGUUGUUGCUGGGCACAAUCACUGGAGUCUACGUCAUAGUCAGUUGCCUCGAUCACGGCCACAUUGUCCACAUCGCCACCGAAAAUCUCUUUAAUUGUUUCAUAAGUUGCCGAUUCAUAGUUUUGCUCCAGGGCUUUUGCCUACGGCAUCUUGCAAGGGAAAAUUUGAGUAGCAAGUUGUGUAUAGAGCCUCGAUUUAAGUAAAAACUGCACAUAAGCGAUUCGGCAAGCAACAAGACGCACGGCGGCAACUGGCUGUCGUUCACUCAAUCGCUUAACGGGCCAACCGCAUGAAAGCGACGGGAGCAAGCGACCGAGGCAAUGAGCAACGUUUUCUAGAAAUCCAAAAACCGAGCGACAGUAAGAAAUUUCCAUCGUUUGUCUCUGACUCUCUUCGCUUGUUGCCGUCACUUAUUGCUUGCUAAAUCGCUUACAUGUGAUCGUCAAAGAAACUUUUUGCCUGCACUCAGAGUGGAUAUAAUUAUUAUUAAAUAUUUUUUCUUGGGAAUGCGUCGCUCUAGCAAGUUGUACAUGUCCUGAAGAAAGACUUUGUCUCCACACUGAUUUUCGAGUAAAUGCAUCAUCGUUUCAAACGGGCUAGCUACAUCCAAUAGUAUGUGCUAAUAAACGUGUUAAGUCCACGCUCCUUUACUCCUGCUACGACGCUCCAAGUUUCAUACUCCGAGCGCAGCAACUAAACAGAGGUUAGCAUACAGGAGCGUUGCACGCCAUAACAACGAGUCGCACGCCAUUUUGGGCCGUAGGGUUAUGAUGCAGGCACAGAGCGUCAUGGAAACGGGCAUCAGAAGCUCGAAAUAUUCCGAAAAUAAAUUAAAGUAGCCCAUACCUGCAUGCAAUGGCGAGCACUCUCCUGCUCCAUCAGUGGUUUGGGACUA